AUGUACCGCACAGCUCUCCGGUCCUCGCCCAGCGCGUUGCGCGCAAUUAGGCCGACAACCGCUGCCUCCGGCUGCAGGCGACUCCUCUCUACAGGCCCGGCAGCGAAGAAGGGCUCAUGGAAAGGCACCGGACUACGUUGGGGUGCUGCUAUCGCUGCCGUUUAUUGGUACAACACCAGCCCGAUAUUUGCCGAUGAGCUGCCUCCUCCAGCAGGCCCUGCGCCUCCCCAAUUCUCCGACUCAGACCUCCCGACCAUCACCGCUGUGAUCGAAGAGAAGCGCCGCAAUGCCGAGGCGGCUGCAGCUGCGGCUCCACCUCCGCCCUCGCCUCCCCAACAAGAAGAGGCAGCGACCACAGCUGCCCUAGAAUCCGUCCCGGAACCCGGCUCCCCCGAGGCGUUACAACAGGAAGCCGCCCAACAAGGCGCUUUCAACCCCGAGACUGGCGAGAUCAACUGGGACUGCCCGUGCCUUGGCGGCAUGGCGGAUGGGCCUUGCGGAGAGCAGUUCAAGGCGGCCUUCAGCUGCUUCGUCCACUCCACGGAAGAGCCCAAGGGGAUGGACUGCAUUGACAAGUUCCAACACAUGCAGGACUGCUUCCGACUACACCCCGACAUCUACGGCGCCGAAAUAGACGAAGACGAGGACGCGGCCCCUGCUCAGGAGGAUGCGGAAGUUGCGUUGACAAGGGACCUCCCCGAGUCUGCCUCUGCAGAAGGAGCUCCUCUGGCAAAACAGACCAAGGGAACCUCGGAGAGCACAGAGUCUCCAGUGUCGGCACAGGAAGCCAGCGCGCCGACCCAAGCGACCACAGAGGAGCACGCAGCGGACAUCCCUAAGGGGGCGUUCGAUGCGACUAAGGCAAACGAGAAGAAGGACCCCGCAACCCCCCAGAUCGCACACUCGGAGUCGGCCUCGACGUCGUCGCUGAUUGACGUGGACACGCCGUCGGUGCGCACGGUGCCGUCGGACUUUGCCGAGCAGGAGGUGCAGACGGAGACGCAGGCGGCGCGGAUCGAGCGCGAGGAGAAGGCAGCCAAGGAGGCAGCGGCAGCGGCCAAGGCGCGCGCCGAGGCCGGCCUCGACCGCAAGAAGAAGAGCGCGCGCGCAAAGGCCCACAAGGCCGACAACUGGCUCACCAAGCGCUUCGAGCGCAUCUCGGACGGCGGCGCCGCCGGCGCGGUCGCGGCCGUCAAUCUGUUCGCCGUCGUCGGCCUGAGCGGCUUCCUCGGCUACCGCGCUUGGGGCCUCUACGACCACGGCCGCCUUACCUGGAAGCACCUCGGCCUGGGCCUUGGCGUUCUCGGCGUUGUUGGUGCCUUUGAGGGCGUGAUUGCCGGGUACAUGUACAAGGCGAAGAAGAACAAGGGCCAAUAG